CUUUUGCAGUUCAUUUUACGUCGUUGCGUCAUCAGCAGUGUGACGUAAGCACGCACGGCUAAACGCAGGUCUGUUGCGGAAAUGAGGUGACAAGCUCAGCAAAAUAACCCUAAAUAUUCGCUUCCUGCUGAGAGGACACGCACAUCUCGUCAAAAAUUGUUGCUCAGAUGAAGAGGACUUCCCUGGUUGAUCCCCCGUAUCGCCUCUCCUUGCUAUGGCAACGCCAUAUUUCCCCACAUUCCUGUUGCUCAUCUUUGUGUCCUCUUUAGUCCUCUUCCUGCUGACUCUCAUGCCUUCCGUCACUCCUUCCCUCCCUUCUCCACACCUGUCUCGUUCCUCGCCUUGGCUGUCUUCUUCCUGUGGUCCUGGUCAGUCCUGGGCUGUUCGGCUCCACGCUGGAACGCAGGAUGAGGAAGACGAGGAUGUGGAGCAAGACUCUCUAGACCUGGAUGUAAUUGCUAACAGGGUAGCAGACCAGGCUGGGCUGCAGAAUAAAGGGCAGAUCGGACAGCUGAAAGGCCAUUACCUGCUGUGCUUGGCGAGCUCCGGUUCCAGUUCUCAGGGAGGGCUCUGGAGGAGGACCGCGGGGGAGGUUCUAGCAGCACAUCCUCAGGUUCUGUGGUUCUCCAAAGAGAUGCUGCUCAGUCGUUCCAAAAGAUCCGUGGCCUUCAAUGACCCCAACUACUCCAUGCAGUGGCAUUUGCAUAAUAACAUCAACAGAGGGAUGGAUAUCAAUGUGACCGGAGUGUGGGAGCGUAACAUCACCGGCCAGGGAGUCACAGUGGUGGUGGUGGAUGACGGGGUGGAGCACACCCAUCAGGACAUUCAUCUCAAUUAUAGUCCAGAGGGCAGCUUUGACCUCAACUCAAACGACCCGGACCCCAUGCCCCAUCCAGACGCUCACAGCGAUAACCACCACGGGACGCGGUGCGCCGGAGAGAUCGCGGCGGUCCCCAACAACAGCUUCUGCGCCGUCGGUGUGGCCUACGGCAGCAGGGUGGCCGGUAUCCGAGUCCUGGAUGGCCCGUUGACGGAUAGUCUGGAGGCCAUCGCUUUCAACAAGAAUUAUCAAGUUAAUGACAUUUACAGCUGCAGUUGGGGUCCAGAUGACGAUGGCCACACGGUGGACGGACCUCAUCCCCUGGGGAAGGCAGCUCUGCAGCAUGGCGUGAUCGCAGGCAGACGAGGCUUUGGCAGCAUCUUCGUGGUCGCCAGCGGUAACGGAGGUCAAUAUAAUGACAACUGCAACUACGAUGGCUACGCCAACUCCAUCUACACAAUCACCAUUGGAGCCGUCGACGAGACGGGCAAGAUGCCGUUCUACGCAGAGGAAUGUGCGUCGAUGCUGGCCGUCACUUUCAGCAGCGGAGGGUCCAGACUGAGGAGCAUCGUGACUUCAGACUGGUCCCUGCAGGAGGGGACGGGCUGCACGGACGGCCACACCGGUACCUCUGCCGCGGCGCCUCUGGCAGCAGGAAUGAUCGCCCUCAUGCUGCAGGUCCGGCCGUGUCUCACCUGGAGAGAUGUGCAGCACAUAAUUGCCUUUACUGCCACCAAGUGUGACCCAAACACUGAAUGGCAACGUAACGAAGCAGGUUUCUCUCACAGCCACCAGCACGGCUUUGGCCUUCUCAACGCAUGGAGACUUGUUAAUGCUGCCAAGGUGUGGGAGACGGUGCCUUUCCUGGUUUCUUAUCAGAGCUCAGGAAUAUACGAGGAGGCAGAAAUCCUAAUCUACCCCAAGGAGUUGGUCCGUACCUGGAACGUUUCUGCUGCUGACCUCGAGGAGUCUGGAAUGCAGACUCUGGAGCACGUGGCCGUCACCGUGACCAUAACUCAUCCCUGCCGCGGUAACCUGGAGGUCAUGCUGGUGUGUCCCAGCGGCAUGAGCUCCCUCAUGGGGGCUCGGCGAGCCAUUGACCGCGAUUCUGCUGGCUACACCGACUGGACUUUCUCCACCGUGCGCUGCUGGGGGGAGAAGGCUGAAGGCGUUUACGUCCUGAAGAUCUCUGACCACAAGGAGGGGAUGUCUCAGCAGUGCUCCGCCGUGGGGGUGCUGAAGCAGUGGAAGCUCAGCCUGUACGGCUCCUCCAUGACCCCCAGCCAAGUGAAGGAGCGACAGAUGUUGGUGAAGGAGGCCAUGAGCGGUAAAUACCUGGACAGCAACUUCUCGCUGCCCUGCCCCCCAGGCCUGGACAUUCCCUCUGAAAUCAUCCGGCCGUUUACAUCCAACAGCCUCAAGUUCCUGCUGCUCUUUGGAUGCUUCGCUCUUUUCUGGUCCCUCUACUACACUCUGGAGGUCACCCUGGCCGACAGAAACCUCCGGAGCAUCCUAUGCCUGACCAGGAAGCAGGAUUACACCGCUCUGAAAUUUAGGCACAGCAUCAAAGGAGUGGAGGAGGCGCUAACGGAGCGGGAGGAAGAGGAGGAGGAGGAUGACUCUGGGGUGGAGUUGCACACCGUUCUGGACUAUGAGGCCAAAGUGCCGCUGAUGUCCGGAGAGCGUACAGUAAUCACGGGCAGCUAGAGGACAGCUGCUGGAGCUCCCGGCCUGCUCCUCGUCUCCUCAGCUGCUUCUGACUCACAGGAGGAGAGGCCUCCUCGUCCUGCUCCUCACCUCUCAGACAAGUGACCUUGUUUGGACUGUAACUGUGCGUGUUUGUGUUCUUCUCCCUGAACAAAUGUCCUCAAAGAGAUGUGGGGAAAUCUUUUGCUUUUUAAGGGUUCGAAUUGAUAAAAAAUUAGGUUUACGUUUAAGUAAACUUGUUAUUACUCAAGGAAACAUUUGGAGAGCUGCUACCGAGCAGCGAAAUGGAAAAGGGUUUGAAAUCUCACAGGAAUCCUGUCUGUGAAGAUGGAAGAAGCUGUUUGUGAAACCUGUGAAGUCAAAUGUGAUGAGAGCUGAAUGUUGUGUGUGUGUGAGUGUGUGUGUGAGAGAGUGUGAUGCAGUGCUGGUGUUUUAACAUGCAAGGGUCUUCCACUCUGAAAUGUGAGGUACUUCAAGUUUUUAAAAGGCAUUUAUUUUCUGAGGUGUUUUUUUUUUUGGACUCCUUUGUGGGGGUGGGUUUUUAUCUGCUGGUUCCAAAAUCAACUACUGUUUAAAAACUUGAAAUGGGAUUUGCAAUUUGUAUUUUUUUAUAAAGUAUAAUAUAUAAAUGUGUGCCUGUUGUACACACGUACUGUAUGCUGACAGCGUUUAACUCUUUACACACCACUUUUAAGAUUGUAAUGAAGCUGUUCCUUUUUCUUUUCUAUCUGAAUCCAGUUGGGACUGUAAUGCUGUGCGAGUCACAGAUGAUUGAAAUAAAAACCAGUUUGAAAAAUCA